AUGGCUCAAGCCAAGCAACCAAUCCAGCUGCCGCCUCUGCCGCAGCCCAUUGGUCAGUUCAGCGCGACCAUUGCCCGCGGCACAGAAACAAUUGUCCUCAAGGAAAAGGUGCUUUCCCUCUCCGGCGACAGCUUUGACAUCAAAACCAUCAGUGGCCAGCCUUUGUUCAAGGUGCAAGGCCGCCAUGCGACCAUUUCGGGGCGCAAGUCGGUAUACGAUAUGGCCGGCAUUCACCUCUUUGACCUCUGCAAGGAACAUUUCCACCUGCACGCGACGUACGUCGCCGAGACACCCGACAAGCACAAGUUUUUAGAGAUCAAGAGCUCCAUAAAACUUUUUGGGUCCAAGGCGACGGCCACGUUUACAGCACCGGAUGGUCAGACGCACGUGUUUGCAAUGAGGGGUGACUGGCUCGACUCGCAGGCGGAGAUUGUGCUGGGCGCGGAUAAGCAGGGGCCGGUCGUGGGCCUAAUUGAUCGCAAGUUCUUUAACAAGAGGGAGUUUUUCGGUGGGCAGCAGACGUACGCAGUGACGAUAGCGCCAGGCAUGGAUAUGGCGCUUGCGGUGGCGCUCUGUAUUGCGCUCGACGAAAAGAACAACGAAAAGUAG